GGGAGAUGGGCGGAAGGUGGAGGCGCGACGGCGCGGCGGGGGAUGAAUGGAGGGUUUUCGAUACGCUGGAUGAUGGGAUGGAUGAUAAGCUGAAGAGAGCUGCGACGACGUUUCAAGUCAGCGAUGAGAUCGAGGAUGAUGAUUAUGCGUUCAGGCCUGAUGUCACUUUUAUCCCGCCAACCACUUACACGCCUAGGGAUCUCGACCUUACGAAACCUGCGGUUCCAAAGAGUUUCAAAAGAAAUGAAUUUGAAACAACUACGAAAGAGGCUCUGAUGAAAGCCGAUUUCAGGAAUGUGCGUUACCUUUCAAACUUUCUCACAGAAGCAGGAAUCAUCAUCAAACGAAGCCAGACUAAGAUAAGUGCCAAAGCGCAGAGGAAGGUGGCAAGGGAGAUUAAGACAGCACGCGCCUUUGGUCUCAUGCCUUUCACUACCAUGGGUAGAAAGCCUUUCGUUUUCGGAAGAUCAAUGGCAGAUGUAGAGAAUGAUUAUGAGUAUGGCAUGUAUUAUGACGACGACGAUGUUGAUGAUGUUGCUACGGAGCCGGUUGAAGGAAAAUAAUUUACCAUGAUCAGGAUGUUGAGGUACUGAUAGCUAUAUCCUAAGAUGAUACUGACCAUAUUUAGAAGAAUUUUGGAUCAAGUCAUAGAAUGAGACGUAGAUAUUCUGGUAGACAAAGAAGGAUCCUGGUAGGCUGUUGUUAAGUUUGACUGUGAGUGGAAGGAGUCGCUGGUUGAAUGCUGAGACCACCUUAUUGACUCGCUCGAUGCAGCGCCCAUCUGUGCUGUUGUGCUGGUUGAGCUGGCUUGGUAUGCAUCCAAGUGGACCAAGUCCUACUACCACUAUUUUUCGAGCUCCAAUGCUGUAUAAUCUCUGCAUGAGGAAACAGAUUUUAGAUACAACAGCAUUAGAUUUUAUAGGAGCAAUGGGAAUUCUGGACAGCAUUAGAUUGUAUAGGAGCAAUGGGAAUUCUGGUUGUGUUUAUGUGUUUGGCUUAAAGGCAAGGAAACUGAAUGGCUAUAGGAGAACCUAGCUUGAUAGUAAGGUUGUCCAUCCUAUAUGUCAACUAGCCUGAAG